AUGAGCACAAUAAGUGGCAUAGCCGACACAAUAACCGACACACCUGAUAACAUGACCUACACAGUCGACAUAACAGUUGGGCCUACAGCAGAAACUUCAUGCAAUCCUGAGUGCAAGAACGGUGGAACAUGCAACAGUGACAAUACUUGCACGUGCCCAGAUGGUUACACUGGUCCAACCUGUGCAAUUCAAUCCGUUGGUUUAUGUACCGAUACUGAACUAAGCAACUCGGCCCCCAUUCUAUCUAUCACAUUCGGCGUUGGCGUACCACAAUAUUCGAACGCAGUACCUGCUGACUUUGACUUCACUACAACAUACACACAAGAAUUCUCGGGUAUUGUGCCUGAUGGAUCGUUCGGUUUUGUGAAUUCAGUUCCAGAUAAUUACGAUGCAUGGCACGCUGGAGCACAUGAUCAUACGGGUGACGCAGGUGGAUACAUGUUGUUGGUUAGUGCAAACUAUCAACCUGAUCAAUUUUACAAUAGUACAGUCACUGGUCUGAUUGUCGGUAGCCAUUAUCAAUUCUCCGUCUGGGUGGCUAAUCUUGUUAACUCCGCGUACAAUCUCUUGGAGCCAGAUGUGUUAUUCCAAGUUCGAUCUCCAUCUGCUGGUAAUGCAUUACUUGCGCAAGUAGACAGUGGCUCUAUACCUGAAUACAACAAUAUGACUUGGACGCAGUACGGCUUGUCAUUUGUUGCACCAACCACUUCAGUGGUUCUGUUGAUAAUUUCAAAUGCGCCAGGUGGAAACGGAAACGACUUGGCCCUUGAUGAUAUUCAAUUGCGCGGUUGCGUGCCUGAAGGUUUGGGUCGCAAUUAUAUCUUAUAA